CCCGGCUCGGCCCUUCCACCACUCUACCCUGCCUGGCAUUGUGUGCCUCGCCCCAGGGCUGCGGGCGGCAUGCUUGUUCCUGCUCGGCCGCUGGAGGCCUGCGGGACUGCGCGGGUGCCUUGUGUGUAAGUGUGGAAUAGCGGGGGCCCAGGAGGUGUUUAUACUGCGGAGUGAAGUAGUGCACCAGACAGACAGGACUCUCAUGAACAGUCAGUGACACCAGAGCAAUUGGCAGAGUGGAGGGAAAAAAUGACCUUUUCAUGAACUUCUAUGAAGAAUGCAAAUGAGCAAAGUGUGAGCUUCAAUGCUUUUGUCCAUGAAAACUCUUAGAGAAGAUGGCUGAUGUAAGCCUGAAGGAAGCAGCACUGAUAGUUGGUGUGGUGGCAGCCUGCUACUGGAACAGUCUCUUUUGUGGCUUUGUUUUUGAUGAUGUUUCAGCGAUUUUGGACAAUAAAGAUUUGCAUCCUUCUACUCCAUUAAAAAAUCUUUUUCAAAAUGACUUCUGGGGCACUCCCAUGUCUGAGGAGAGGAGUCACAAAUCCUACCGUCCCCUUACAGUUCUUACGUUUCGCUUAAACUACUUGUUCAGCGAAUUAAAUGCAGUUUCGUACCACUUUCUAAAUCUGGUCUUUCAUGUGGUGGUUUGCAUAGUCUUCCUCAAAGUCUGUAAGCUGUUUCUGGACAACAGGAGCAGCAUAGUUGCAUCCUUGCUCUUUGCAGUGCACCCAAUACAUACGGAAGCGGUAACUGGAGUUGUGGGCAGAGCAGAGCUUUUAUCAUCUAUUUUUUUCCUAGCUGCUUUUUUGUCAUAUACAAAAUCUAAAGGGCCGGAUAAUACCAUAGUGUGGACUCCAAUUGCAGUGACUGUGUUUCUAGUAGCUGUUGCAACACUGUGUAAAGAACAAGGAAUAACAGUGGUGGGAAUAUGCUGUGUGUAUGAAGUAUUUAUUGCUCAAGGGUACACCUUGCCAACGCUGUUGGAUACAGCUGUACAGAUUCUUCGAGGGAAGGGCAGUAUUCCUUUCUCUAUGCUCCAAACACUAUUGAAGCUCAUAGUCCUAAUGUUCAGUACACUGCUGCUUGUAGUUGUCAGAGUCCAGGUUAUCCAGUCUCAACUUCCAGUGUUUACAAGGUUUGAUAACCCAGCUGCUGUUAGUCCAUCCCCAGCAAGACAGCUGACUUUCAACUACCUCCUCCCUGUAAAUGCUUGGCUUCUUCUCAACCCCUCAGAACUAUGCUGUGACUGGACAAUGGGAACUAUUCCUCUUGUGGAGUCUUUGUUAGAUGUUAGAAAUGUUGCCACCCUUACCUUCUUUUGCUUUCUGGGAGCUUUGAUUGUCUUCAGUCUCCGACAUCCUGAUAAUUCCUCCAAGACAGUAUUGAUGGCACUCUGCUUAAUAGUGCUACCAUUCAUUCCUGCAUCAAACCUGUUUUUUCCUGUUGGAUUUGUAGUAGCAGAACGAGUGUUGUAUGUUCCUAGCAUGGGAUUCUGCAUUUUAGUAGCACAUGGAUGGAAGAAAUUAUCAAAUAAAAGCGUGCUAAGAAAAAUUUCUUGGGUUUGUUUGGCUGCGGUACUAUUCACUCAUGCCUUAAAAACACUGCACAGGAACUGGGAUUGGGAGUCGGAGUACACGUUAUUUAUGUCAGCUUUAAAGGUAAAUAAGAAUAAUGCAAAACUAUGGAACAAUGUGGGGCAUGCAUUAGAAAAUGAAAAGAACUUUGAAAGAGCUUUGCAGUUUUUCAUACAGGCCACACAAGUGCAACCAGAUGAUAUUGGUGCCCACAUGAAUGUAGGAAGAACUUACAAGAACCUAAACAAAACUAAAGAAGCUGAAGAAUCAUAUAUGAUUGCUAAAUCAUUGAUGCCACAGAUUAUUCCAGGUAAAAAGUAUGCAGCAAGAGUUGCUCCUAACCAUCUGAAUGUUUAUAUCAAUCUUGCAAACUUAAUUCGAGCAAACGAAUCUCGCCUUGAAGAAGCAGAUCAGUUGUAUCGACAGGCAAUUAGUAUGAGGCCGGAUUUCAAGCAGGCUUACAUCAGCAGGGGAGAAUUACUUUUAAAAAUGAACAAACCUCUGAAAGCUAAGGAAGCUUACCGUAGAGCUCUAGAACUAGACAGAACCAAUGCAGACCUGUGGUACAACUUGGCAAUUGUUUAUAUUGAGCUGAAGGAUCCAGCGGAAGCUCUGAAGAAUUUCAACCGAGCACUAGAACUCAAUCCAACACAUAAACUGGCGUUAUUCAACUCAGCACUGCUAAUGCAGGAAUCUGGUGAUGCUCGGCUUAGACCUGAAGCUAAACAAAGACUGUUACAUUAUGUGAAAGAAGAACCCCAGGAUGCAAAUGGAUACUUCAAUUUGGGUAUGCUGGCAAUGGAUGAUAAAAAAGAUAUGGAAGCGGAGGCAUGGAUGAAGAAAGCCAUAAGGUUACAGCCAAACUUCCGAAGUGCUUUGUUCAAUUUGGCACUGCUUUAUUCUCAGACAGCAAAAGAAUUGAUGGCUCUGCCCGUCUUGGAAGACCUACUGAGAUACUACCCUGAUCAUACCAAAGGUCUGAUUUUGAAAGGAGAUAUCCUUAUGAACCAAAAGAAGGAUAUCGUUGGAGCAAAAAUGUGUUUUGAAAAAAUUUUGGAAUUGGAUCCCAACAAUGUACAAGGAAAGCAUAAUCUUUGUGUGGUUUAUUUUGAAGAACGAGACUUAAUAAAGGCAGAAAAAUGUCUGGUUGAAACACUAGCACUGGCACCUCAUGAAGAAUAUAUUCAGCGUCAUCUAAACAUAGUUAGAAGUAAAAUUGCAUCGCUCAGUGCUAUGGAACAGUCAUCGCUUCCAUCAGAGGGAACUGCAGCUGCAGAAGAAAAAAAAAAUUCAUUUCAGAAUUUGAAAGAAGUAAAAAAUGAGAAGACAACCACCCAAUCAACAGUUGAUAACAAUAAAGAACACUCAAAAAAUAAGAAACUAACAGAGAAAAACAGUGUGGACAAAGAGACUCCCAAAAAAUCUACAAAGGACAUCAAAGACAUUGAGAAAAAGAGAGUCGCUGCUUUGAAAAGACUCGAAGAGAUUGAACGUAUAUUAAAUGGUGAAUAGACUUUAUCAUGUCACAAAAGAAUAAGGGGAGAAUACUAUUUUUAAUUAUUGUUUAAUUUGUAAGCCAAUUGGAAAGUGUUCUCAGUGCUUUGAAAAUAGAAAUAAUGUUGAUUGCAUAUCAGUUAUCAAGCAGCAAAAGACAUUACAAUGCUCUAUGUGAGAAAACUGCAACUUUUAAAUAUGAUGGAGGGAUGGGUGGGAAUCGAAGGAUAAAAGGUUGAGAAUAAUCUUCGAUGCAGAACCCUAAAAGUGAGGAAAUAGCACUCAUAAAAAUCAUUGGUAGUCAGGGAUAUUAAGUAAUGCUACUUUCAAAGAAUCGGUGGAAGAGCUGAAUGGAGAAUUAACAGGAUAAGCCAGACACUGCUUCUUUCCCCCAUACAGAUCUCUUUGUACUAACAUUAUCUACAUUUUGGUUUACACAUCAUCAGUUGAAAUUUUUCUAGACCUCUGUUACACAAGAAAAACUGUUUUUCUUUGUGUUAUUUGUUUCCAGAACUUAACAAAAAGUCAUCAAAAUGCCACUGACUGUAGUAUAGGAAGAUGCAACAACACACUAAAACUUUCAGUUGCAUUCUAAAUAUGGAAUGAUAUAACUUUUUAGAUGUUCUUUACUUACAAUGCUAAUGGUUUUUAAUCUUUUACCUGAUAAGAAAUCUUAUGGUGCUCUUAACAUCUUUAGACUAAGCUUUUUCAUUUGAAAGAAAUGUGGUUUUUUUCUUCAACUGUCAAUCAUGUAAAAUUAUACUAAAAAGGAUGGGUUUGUCACUUUUUCCCCAGUUCAUUGAAUUCUGAUAAAUGCACUUUGGUACAGUAACCGGUAUGCUAUGCAGUAGUUCUUGUUGACUUUGUAUCAAUGGCUGUGGAUUGACUCCUUAGUGUAGUAAAUUCUUCCUUGUUUUAUCUGGUUUUACUAUUUCUGCCAUUGGAACAGUAUUUCUAUUCUCAUGACUUUUUACAACACUAAUCUAAGCAAUGAUUGCUGAAGGAAGUGUGAUAAAAAUUAAGCCAACUGAACUUAGCAAUGUUUAACACAAGGCAAUGUAGGUGGUGUCCUUUCAAAUACUGAGUUCUGUUGUUUUGAUACUUUGUCUUGGGUGUGUGGUUUUUAUUAAAUAUUUAUUUUGACUACUAAAAUAUUUCCAUUUACACUUUUUCACUAAUGCAUCAUUUUAAUUUCUUAUAUGAAAUUAAUAUCUUUACAGUUUCAGUGUUGCUUUUAUUCUUUUGCAGUGCAUAUAUUUUUUUUCAAAUAUACUACCGAUUACCUAAACCCAAUGUUUUCCUUAAUUCUGAGAAAGAAAAAAAGAAAAGAAGUGUAAGAGCUGGGUUCAUUAGUAGUUUCAUUAAUCAUUAAAUCUAACUUUAUGUUUCGUCUUAUUUCACAAUGUGGAAGUAUUCCUUAACAACUCUACUCCUAGAACUUAAUCCUUUGCAUACCUGCUCAGUUUUCUGCUUCAAGCAGUAAUCCAGCUGUAAGAUGUAAUAAUUAUUUCUGUGGGAGGGAUCUGAAAUGGUUAAAGGCCUUCCUUGCAUGGACUUUUUCUUUGUUAUGUAUCAUUCAUAAUGUUAGCACAACAAUUGCUUGCAUGGUAAUAACCGGGGGGAAAAAAGCGGGUUUUACAAAACAUGAUUUACAAGCAGCUGACAGGAACAAGUGCACGGUGUGCAACUAUUCACCCUACAAAAAACUGACGUGCUACUUGUAGUGAAGUGCUCACAGGAAUCUAUUGACCACACCUUGAAAAUCACUUGUCUGUGAAUAACUCAAAUACUUGUAACUAAAAUAGCUGCUAUGUUGACCUUUAUAGAAACUUUAACUUGCAUAUUAAGUCUUCCUGCAAACCUUUGUUUUGCAAAAGGAUUAGUCAUUGUUCUGCACAAUAUGAAGGAAUGUUCAUUUGAAAAUGGCAGGAACUAAGUAGUAUGAAAAGGUACUUGCUGAUAGAGGAGGUCAGGAUUCUUCCCUCUUCUAUAUUAAGAGCUCCUAGAAUCCUACUGUCACACCAUUUUUAUUCGGUCUGUGAAUCGAAGGGGGGAGGAAAGACACAUUCUUGAUUUCUGCAUCUGAGCCUCUGUCAUGCUGUUCUCAUCUUGACCAUCCAAGUGGCUCUCUAGGGACUAGCCAGAACUGUUAGAUUUAUUGACACUAAGAAGUGCCGUCAGGUUUACCUAAAAUCACCAGGUGAAUGUAAAUGGAAGGAUGCUGGAUGUCUUUCAGUCUGUUACCAGGUAUUAUUUCCCCUUUGUCUCUGUUAGAGAAAUUUUAGUAAAAACAAGUAAUUUUGCUAACAUCAAUGUGCUCAGUUGUAUUUAGCCUGUUAGGAUGUGUCAGCCAUUUUAAAAUUAAGCUGUCAUGAGAAAAACUGUUCAGUAAAUGGAAGUGGCAUAACUUGUGAAAAAUAGUCAAAAUAGCAUUCGUGCAUAGGAAAAUUAUCAAAGAGAGAAUAGAUUAAUUUUUGUCUGCUUGCAGGUAAAACAGAAUAAUCAACAGGUGUUUCUCCCCUUCCAGUUCAACUUGUCCUUUCUCCCCUCCCUGCCAUCAUCAUGUGCAAGAACACUAUAAAUGUCAUCCCUUUUCAGAACUCGCAGUUUCACUUAUACGCAAGAAUUAGAAAUUUCUGAGAGUGGGACAGGCAUACUAAAAAACUUGUACCCCUCUUACCAUAAAAUGCAAUUGCUGUAGUUGCUGAAAAAACCUGAAAAGAUGUCUUCUAUCAUCUUUGCAUACAUACACAAAAUUAUUCAAACUUACCUGUACAGCUGCACUAAGCAUUUUAGGUGUUACACACGUUUGUGCAUGCAAUUUCAGUACAGACUCAUGCAUUUGUCAGAUUAGAUUUUGGAUCUUUUGCAGGUGAGUAUAUGCAUAAAGAGAGAGAAACUCGUAUAAACAUAUGGAUUAAUUUGAUAUGCAUGCAUAUAUUUGGGACACUUUAAUACUUACAGGUAGUGCAAUUGCAGAAGGACAGCAUGCAAGUAUAGGUUAACCUUUGAGUGUAAAAUUUUUUUUGUCUCUUUUCCCCGUGAAACAUCCUAGGACUUAAUAUUCUAAGUAUUGCAAGUAUUCUUUAUUUUCAAAAUAUUAUCCUUUGCAUUACAACUGGUUAAAAACAUGAUUGGUCAGAUCUCUU